ACAGAAGUUGAAACACUUCCCAGGAAGAGAUGCAAGAAACAUUCAGGGCCAGUAGCAGGAAGAGUACCAAUUAGCUGAGAUCAGCUACAGUGCCAAUGCACUCUGGACAACCUGGAUUCCUUUGGAAGACUCCUGAUGCCACAUAUGGCCAUGCAUGGCCUUGUUUUGUCUCUCCUGCUCAUCCUUCUGGCUGGUGGGGCUGAAGCCUUUCGUAUCUGUGCCUUCAAUGCCCAGAGACUGGCACAGCCCAAGGUGGCCAAGAAGUCUGUGAUGGAUACCUUAGUUCAGAUCCUGGCCCGAUGUGAUAUCACGGUUCUUCAGGAGGUGGUAGAUUCUUCCCAGAAAACUGUCUCCCUUCUGCUUCAAGAACUUAAUAGAUUUGAGGGUUCCAGGAGUUACAGCUUCCUAAACAGCUCCCUACUGGGGCGUAGCACAUACAAGGAGAAGUAUGUGUAUAUCUACCGGUCUGACAAGACACGGGUCCUGAGUUCUUACCAGUACAAUGACACAGAUGAUGUUUUCGCCAGAGAACCAUUUGUGGCCCAGUUUACUCUCCCUAGCAAAAUCCUUCCAAAUGUGGUUCUGGUUCCACUCCACACUACUCCCAAGGAUGUAGAAAAGGAGCUGAAUGCCCUAUAUGAUGUGUUUCUGGAUGUCUCCCAACGCUGGCAAAAUGAGGAUGUGAUCCUGCUUGGAGACUUCAAUGCUGACUGUGCAUCACUGACUAAAAAGCGUCUCAACAGCCUGCUACUGCGGACUAAAGCAGGCUUCCACUGGGUGAUUUCUGAUGGGGAGGACACUACAGUGAGAGCCAGCACCAACUGUACCUAUGACCGAAUUGUGAUGCAUGGGCAGGGCUGUCAGACACUGCUGAGAGCUGCAGCCCCCUUCAACUUCCCCAGGAACUUUCAGCUGACUGAGGAAGAGGCUCUCAGAAUCAGUGACCAUUAUCCUGUGGAGGUGGAGCUGAGCCAGGCAGCUCAGGGCAUCCAACCCUUCAUGUUGGCUAUUCUGCUGCUGUCACUUUUGCCAUCUCAGCUGGGCUAGGUGGCUUGACGCUUCCUUUCAGAUGACCACUGACUUGACUAGGACACUGACAUCUUAUGGAGAUAAAGCACAGCCUCAAAUACAGCUUUUCCUUCUCUUUUUAUGUAGGCUUUCUGCUGCUUGCUAUUUCAAGAGGAAGACAGGGCUGGCAGUGUUUUUACCUAGUAUAUCCAAUGCCCUGGGGUUGAUUCCUUUUUGAAAUAAGACUUGUCACUGUAUGCAACUCAGGUGCACAAAGGAGGUUCCAGGACUAGGAAUGGGCUAAGAACUCAGACUAUGCCUAAAAGUUUUAUACAACUGACAUCAAGAGCCAGAUAGUCUCUGGUAGAUAAAGAACUGUUCAUAGCACUACAAACAUAACUUAAUCCUGUUUCUCAAAUGGCUAAACUAUAUGGGCCAGCCUUGUCUCUGUGUAUGGUUCACUUACUCUGUACUCAUAUACUUACUACAUGGCUCUGUCAGGGGUAUCAAACAAAAUAUACAAAUAAAGUCACCAAUCUUA